CCGGCCGCCCCGCCCCCGGCCCGCCCCGCCGGCCUCCGGGCGGCCUGUCAGUGUGGCUGCCGGCCGCGGGUUGCUGGUCCCUGCAGCCGGCUCCGCGGCACACCCCCGGCUGUCGGCGCCUCCGGUCAGAGCGCAGAUAUGGCCCAGGCGGCGGCGCACUGCCCCGGCGCCCGCGGCGCCGGGGACGCCGAGACGGGAAAGCCCAGGAAGGUGGCGCUCAUCACGGGCAUCACGGGCCAGAUCUCGUUCGACCUGGCGGAGUACACGGCCGACGUGGAUGGCGUGGGCACCUUGCGGCUCCUGGACGCGGUGAAGACCUGCGGCCUUAUCAGCUCGGUGCGGUUCUACCAAGCCUCGACGAGUGAGCUCUACGGGAAGGUGCAAGAGAUACCUCAGAAGGAGACCACGCCUUUCUACCCGCGCUCCCCUUACGGGGCAGCGAAGCUCUACGCGUACUGGAUCGUGGUGAACUUCCGGGAGGCGUACAACCUGUUCGCAGUGAACGGCAUCCUCUUCAACCACGAGAGCCCCCGGAGAGGAGCUAAUUUUGUUACUCGAAAAAUCAGCCGCUCAGUAGCUAAGAUUCACCUUGGACAACUGGAAUGUUUCAGUUUGGGGAAUCUGGAUGCCAAACGAGAUUGGGGCCACGCCAAGGACUAUGUGGAGGCCAUGUGGCUCAUGCUGCAGAAGGACGAGCCCGAGGACUUCGUCAUCGCCACGGGGGAGGUCCACAGCGUGCGGGAGUUCGUGGAGAAGUCGUUUCUGCACAUCGGGAAGACCAUCGUGUGGGAAGGGAAGAAUGAAAACGAAGUGGGCAGAUGUAAAGAGACCGGCAAAAUUCACGUGACUGUGGACCUCAAGUACUACCGGCCCACUGAAGUGGACUUUCUGCAGGGAGACUGCUCCAAAGCCAGGCAGAAGCUCAGCUGGAAGCCUCGGGUCGCCUUUGAUGAGCUGGUGCGGGAGAUGGUGGAGGCCGACGUGGAGCUCAUGAGGACCAACCCCAAUGCCUGAGCGCCCAGUGGCGGGACCUCGCCGGGACCCAGGCUGGCCGAGGUUUGCGGCAGCCGGGAAAGGCCCGGCCGAUUCCCUUUCCUCCUCUAAUCGGUUUUGGAAUCACAAUGUUUUAAAUCACUUAUUUGCUUCACUUGAAAUUAUAUCCCAGACAACUGAAAUUGUGGGGCUUUCAAAGGGUUUUUCUCUUUUCUUAUUAAAAAGAUCCUUUCUCUUAAUCAGCAUUAA